CUUUGACUAUCCUACGUCAGUUAGGCCUAUACAUUUCUUAUCUCUUUGAUAUUCCCACACCCUCGUGUACAGCACCUAAUUGACAGAACUUUGAAUUUGUCAAUCGUAAAAUUUCUGACAGCUACCCUUCGAUAUUUGCAUCUAGUAUUUGCACCCCACCACGAGUAUAGGGACCUAGCUAUGAACAUUAUCGUGCACAACACUACAAAAUCCGAAUUGAUUGAGAAUAGCGGUUAUGAAAGCUAUUGGGCGCUCUCCGAACAUCAAGCAAUGAUGUAUUGGCAUAUUAGGCUUGCCCUUUUUGCUUGGGCUGGGAUCCUACCGAUUGCUGUAAUGCUGAGCAUUUCUCAUUCACGAUUUUCACUUCCUUCUCAGUUUGUGUUCCUGAUGGUCAAUCGGCUUGCCCUCUCCGUCGGUUACUUUUAUAACAAAAGAGCGCCAAACCUUUACAACAAUAAUGUCCACUGCCGAAUAGGCUGGAUCAUUACAUGUACAGCCAUAACCUGGGUGAUUAUAGCCCUCAUUAAGGCUUACGUAAGUAGACACGGAACUCUGGAAUACAAAUCGGCUGGGUCAACAACUGCUAUAAGCUCAACACAGUAUCAUCAAGUUGAAGACGGAGAGUCUUUCGAUACACGUACAUGGUCAGAUAACCACAGACAGGGAUCAACGCUCCUUUCAAGGUCACUUGACGACUACCACGUCUCAUUCAGCUUGGAUAUUGCAGAUCGACAUUUAUCACGACUUGACGCGUCGACAUCACAGGACACCCCGCGGGCUUCGUUCGUCACUCGAUAUUUUCCCUGCUAUGUCGCAUGCUUCGCUAUGAUCAUCUCAGCAAGUUCUCUGCGCCUUUUCUACGUAAUUCUCGAGCGUAUAGUAUUAUUACAGGGGUCCAUAGCUGUUCUAUCAGACACUGUUGUCUAUAGAGGUAUUGGUAUAAGUAUUUGGAUGAUGCUAGCGUCGAUGCAGAACAGUUAACAGUCUCCAGCGCGAUAAUGAAAUCUUUAAUGUGUUAGCACACUACAUCAAAGGAAGCGUUUUUUUCCUCUACGGCCUACUCACUCUUGGUCGAUAGACGGGUGCAUUUGCUGACUAUGGAUGGGCUUAGAACGCAAUACCAACAAGAGAGGGACAAAGACGUCAGACAAGAGGGAUACCAAGUGCUGAGUUUACAGCAUCUUUCGUCAUCUGGCUGUAUGGUAUUACCAAUGUGUUCUUAGAGCAUCUGGCCGCUUGGGGCAGAGCAUGGAAGGCAACAGAUUUAGAGCACGUCUCCAUCUCUGUUUUAUUCUUUGCAGGUGGAUGGUUAGGCAUGAUUGUGGAGUCAAACACAACACGGGAACUACUCAGCAGCUCUGCA